AUGACGGUACACUCGUCAUUCGUGGAGAGAAGGUUUCCGUCGCGAAAUGUAGGCGGUGUUGGUUUUGUUGUGCACCCAUCUGUCGUCCAUCUCGUCGAUUCUCACGAGAUCCUGUCACCUCGUCUGGCCAUUCUUCGCCUCCGCCCUCUGCGCCAAAAAUCCAUCAGUAUCAUCAACUGCUAUUCACCAACAUCAGCAGCUGAUGAUUCCGAAUUGGACGCGUUUUACGAGGAGCUGGAGGAAGUAGUCCGUAACGAGAAGUCCUUCUACAAAUUCGUUGUCGGAGACUUCAACGCAAAACUAGGAAAGGCCACAGAAGAGGAAUACAGGAUUGGAAGAUUUGGACUAGGGGACCGGAAUGAAAAUGGCAAUCGUCUCGCCGUGCUGUUGUCCGCCGCUCGCCUCUUUCAUGGGAACUCUCUUUUCAUGAAAAAAAGAUCAUUGCCGGUGGACAUGGGAAUCGCCCAAUGGCGCGACUCGUGCGGAGAUCGACCACAUACUCACCAACCGGAGGUGGUGUCUACUUGA